GCGGGACUUGCCCGGGCAUGUGAGAGCGGCGGCUUCCGGGCGAGACACGUGGGAGCCCGCGCCGGGUCCGGGCUGGCAGCGCAGGGAUGCCUCCUGGCAAAGGACAGAUGACCCCACUGCUGCCCGCCCCGAAGGUCUCCUCACCCACCCUGCAGAGCACCCAUGGCCCCGCCGCAGGGACCCCAGAAGGUCCCAGCAAGAAGAAGAGCCGCAAGCACCAGCGGUUCAUGGAGCGCCGGGCGCUGCUGGAGCAGAAGGGGCUGCUGAGCCCCCACCGACAAGCCCCCGUGGUGGGGCUGGAGGCAUGCAGCACGCUCACUGAGGUGGGGGACACCACGGCACCGUGCUGCAGAAAGGUCCCCAAGCCCAAACAGGUCGUCUCCCCAUCCUUGUCCCCAUCCGCCUCUCCGGACAGCAUCGCCAGGCAUCACUCCGUGCUGCUGUCAGAGGGGAAUGGCAGCUCCAAGGGGGUGCGGACGUCCUCCCCCGUCCUGCGCCCUGGCAAGUACGUGGCCAUCGACUGCGAGAUGGUGGGGACAGGUCCUCAGGGCAGGCAGAGCGAGCUGGCACGGUGCUCUGUGGUGAACUACGAUGGGGAUGUCAUCUACGACAAGUACGUCCAGCCCGAGCUCCCCAUCGUGGACUACCGGACACGCUGGAGCGGCAUCACCAAGCGACACAUGAAGAACGCGAUUCCCUUCAAGGCUGCUCAGGCAGAGAUCCUGAAGAUCUUGAAAGACAAGAUUGUGGUAGGACACGCCAUCCACAACGACUUCCAAGCCCUGAAGUACUUCCACCCGAAAGACAGGACCCGAGACACCAGUCGGAUCCCUGUGCUGAACCAGAGGGCAGGGCUGCCCAUCAGGGCCAACGUCUCCCUCAAGAGCUUGGCCAGGCACCUGCUCCAUAAAAAUAUCCAGGUUGGCUGCAAAGGGCACUCAUCGGUGGAGGAUGCUCAGACGGCCAUGGAGCUGUACAGACUGGUGGAGGUGCAGUGGGAGACAGAGUUGGCCCGUACCCUCCCCCCCCGGCCCCCCAGCCCCAUCACAGACCCCAGCACAGACAGCAGCCAGUACCUGGACGACCGGUACUGGCCCACGGACCUGAUGGCGAGCAGCUUGUGAUGGAGGACGGUGUCUCCUCCACGUGUUUCAGGCCAUCGUGAUGCCUCCAGCUAUUAAAGGUGGAGGUGGCUGCUGAUCUCCUUCCCUGGGGCUUGUGCCCCAUGUGCUCUGGGUGACCUGGCACACAGAGGAGUCCGGAUGCCCCCAGCCUGGCUCGGGGACAGAGAAAUGAUGGCACUUGGACGCUGGUGAUCUCCUGAAAGUGCUGUCUGCAGCCUCUUGCUGUCUGUCACACAGAAAUAAAUGCUGUGGCUGCACCGUGUUCAUGUGUCACUUGGCACCUGGGGGCGAGCAGGGUCCUGUGCCAGCCUGGAGGAGCCCCUGUGGGUGUCUGGGGUUGCCAGGGCACCUCCAGUGUCCUCUGGGAUGGGGAGAUACCCCCAUGGUGGGUGAGUGACAAGUCUCCUCGUGGGAGGGCUGAGGUCUCUUGCUGAUGCCCAAAGGCUGCAAACCCUCCAGGGCCAGUUAAAUAGUUUCCUCCUCGCUUUGUUUGCACAGUGGAGCCUGAAAAGAAGGUCUGGGUCUAAUCAAUGUCCAGCCUGGAGAAGAGCACAGGAGGCACAUAAUUUUAAAUGGACUCCUCGCAUGUUUGUCUGGUUCUGAAUUAAAACCUCUU